AUUUCCUUCUUUUGUGUAGACUUCUAAGAUCUCUUUCUUAAUUCAGAAUUUGUCAGUAAUUUCAGGCACUAUGGCUGUGAGUUUAACCUUCGCCAGAGAAACCAACCAGGUGCUUUUCGCAGGAAAUGAGUGUGUGAAGGAAGUGAUACUAAAUAGGCCUCGCAAGCUUAAUACCCUUAAUCACAAAAAUGGUUUGUCAAAUCACACAGAAUUUAACGUUGUAUGAGACUGAUCCAUCAGUGAAAUUGGUGAUUUUAAAGGGUAACGGAACAGUUUUCUGUGCCGGCGGUGAUGUCAUAUCAGCAGUUACUUCUUCACUCUCAGGACACUGGACCUACCCAGCGAGCUUUUACAAGAAACAACUUACACUGGACCAUUUAAUGGCUACCUGCAAAAAACCUGUGGUGUCUAUCAUCAACGGAGUGGUCAUGGGAGGUGGGGCAGGCUUAUCCAUGAACACAACUUUUCGGAUUGUCACUGAAAAAUCUUUCUUUGCUAUGCCAGAGAUAUCUAUAGGACUCUUUCCAGACGUUGGCGCUUCUUACUUUCUCUCCAGGCUUCCUAAUCAUUUUGGGGAGUACUUAGGGUUAACAGGAAGGCGCUUGAAUGGAGCAGAAAUGGUUAAAUGUGGCCUUGCUACUCAUUUUGUCCCUUCCAAGAAACUGAAUUUUCUGGAAAAUGCCCUGCAAAAUGUGACAACAUCAGAUAUAUCAACAGUUACCGCAUUAAUCGAUAAAUUUACUGAAACAGCUUAUCUUAUGGAAGACAGCCCCUUGAAGAGACUAGACAAAAUCAACAAAUUCUUCUCGAAAGGCACUGUUGAGGAAAUUAUUUUGUCCUUGGGAAAAGAAAUAGAAAUCAACGGAGCAGAGAAGUGGAUCACCGAUGCUAUGACUUACAUGCGUACAUCCUGUCCGACAAGCCUCAAGAUAUGGCUUAGAUCUGUGAGAGAAGGCCGAUCACAAACCAUUGAACAAUGUCUUCUACGAGAUUACAAUAUUAUGUGCCAUAUCUUGCGAAGAACUGUCAGCAAUGAUUUCUACGAGGGUUCAAGAGCAAAGCUAUUCGAUAAAGACAACAAGCCUGUGUGGGAUCCUCCGAAGCUGGAGCAGGUUAGCGAGGAAAUGGUAAAUCAAUACUUCGAAAAAGUUGAGGAUGAGAAUUGGGAGUGUCUGCAAUUUCCUGAUAGAUCAAACAUCCCCAGCAAACUCUAGAUUGAACCCCAUUGCAAUGCUUGUGGCUUCCAAAGAACUUUGUAUCAACGCGAACAACAUGCUUAUUUAAUUGUAUUUGUAGUAUAAUAUAAUAAUAAAUCAAUCAAGAUGCAAUUUCCAUAAUAAAACCUUUUGGUUUUGGCAACAGCAAUAAUUGAUCUGAGCUCAGUCACAUAAAAAUUAUAAGUUGCAUUCUUCAAGUUUAUGCAAAGAUGACGAGCAUGGAUAUGUAUGUAUGUAUCCCAAGACUUAAUAUACAUUUUUUUA